AAGCGGAUGUUAUUGAUUUGGCGCGAAGGGUGGCAGAAAAACCUACAAAUAAAUAAAUAACUCUUGAAAUAUAAAAUUAAUUAUGUCUCAGGCAGGUUUAUCAAGCUUAAAAUCAGAAUACUUAGAAGUUGGUGAAUACAAUUUUUCUUGGCCAGGAGAAAAUGGAACAUUUCAAGAUUUUGGGUCUGUAAACUACACUAUGCCCUCAGGUCCGUGGUAUUGGCCUUGGUGUCCACUAUGGAAAAUUUCGCAACAUCCACUCUUUCAACUCUCAAAUAUUUUAUUUGUGGCCUCUUACUGUGCGCCGAGUACGAAAAAAGGCCAGCUUUGGAUGCACACAAUAUUGAUAUUUGGUUUCAUGCUGUACUCGAUAUGGGCGUGGCACGUGAUUUGUUCCCCUGACGCCUUUUCGUGGAACUUCGGUUUUGUGUUCCUGAACCUGGCGCAAGUGGUGUACCUGGUGUACGAGAUGCGCCCCGUCAAGUUCGACCCGGAGCUGGAAGAAGUGUACCAUACUUUGUUCGAGCCUUUCAAGGUGUCUAGACUACAGUUCAAGAGGAUGGUCUCGCCGGAUUUCGCGCACGUGAUGUCUCUCCACGCCGGCGAGGCGUACGCGAUGCAAAACCUCACCAAGACCGAUCGUCUGGGAUUACUGCUUUCUGGGAAGGUAAACGUAAUGAGUGGACAUCAGUUUCUACACCCCAUUUUGCCAUGCGAAUUUUUGGACUCUCCCGAAUUUGAAUCAAGCAGAGCCACUAUUGAUGAGAAAUUCAAGGUAUCAAUCGUAGCCGCCUCAUCAUGCCGCUACGUGUACUGGCAGCGUAGUUCCCUCGAAUAUCUCUUCGUGAAAGAACCGUACCUAGCAUGUGUGGUGACCACACUGAUAGCUCGCGACAUAACCACGAAGUUAUACGCGAUGAACAACAAAAUAGUCACCGAGAGAGGGUCCCACUUGGAUAUACGGUUGCCUAGUAUCUCCCAUGCGUUGGCCCGCAGCCCUAGGAGACUGAGGUCCGCCUGCAAGCCGCCCCCUCCGACCACGGUGCAACCGGUCCCACCCGAGAAACGACCCAAUUGCUGGACGCGAGAAGCUGACAGCCUGAUGAGUGCGGUCAAGAGGAACGGAGUGACUGCUUCCUCAUACGCGGGGGGUGACGAGGAGUUGAUGCCGCUAGCAGCCAACGAGGCGCCCGCCGCCUCGUCAGACGACCUGUCAGUGGCUGACAGCUGCCCCGAUACCUCGUCGAAGUACCACAGCUGUGAAGCCGUGGAAACUGACGAUGAAUUGAGGCAUUAAAUAUUUCUUCCAUUAUGUGCUUUAUAACUCUAUGAUUUCUUUUUAAUUUUUAAUACCCACAAUAAAGAAGGUCUAGGUCUGCAACCUGAUGGAAAGUGAUGAUCAGGCCGAAGGCGGUUGCGAACCUCACCCAGACUCCUCAAGGAACUUUCAAUUGACAACAAUUACUAAAAUAAGCUGUUUAGUAAAACAUGUGUACUACGCCUACCCAAAAUAACUACCAAUUGAAGAAAACGCGAAAAGUUCUCAGAUUAAUUAAUAAAGGACCGAAAACGUGUGGAAGGCAUAGUCCUUCAGACUUGUUGAACUGACGAUCUGGAGAAGAUAGUGGGAAGCACCAAACUGACUGCUACUCUUGAACAUAAAGCCUCCUGGAAAACUCAUUUGUAAUUAUUGUAGGUAUUUCAAUCCAUUUUUUUAUAUUUGAAAAAAUGCUACUCAAUAAAAUAAGUCCUAAAGCAUUAUU